ACACCAGAUCAACUAGAAAUAGCUGAAGGAGAGAGACCGGAGCGUCCAACAACCCGGCCUGACUUAAUUCAUUGAGGCUUCAUCUAGGACGAUCAGGCCUUGUGACCCUGCUCUCAUUGCACAUUUUGAAGGCUUCGACAAAGGCUUCAUUGUUUUUAGACUUUUUGGAUAUCCUCUCAGGUUCUCUUUUGUUUCAUCUUAAGAGUUUUCUGGAAACAUUGCCAUCAUGUCGACAGCUGUGGAAGCGACCGGGUUCAUCAUGUGCAUAAUCAGCUGGCUGAUCAACGGAGCAGCCCUUGCUAACGACUACUGGAAGAUUUCCACUGUGUCCGGCAGCGUCAUCAUCUCCCAGAGGCAGUUUGAAAACCUGUGGCACUCCUGCGCCGAAAACAGCGCCGGCAUCGCCGAGUGUAGAGACUUUGAAUCGCUGCUCUCCCUCCCCGCUCAUGUGCAGGCGUGCCGCGCUCUGAUGAUCAUCGCUCUGCUGCUCGGCCUCGGCUCCAUGAUUGUGUCUCUGCUCGGACUGAAGUGCAUCAAGAUCGGCUCGACCACCGAGCAAUCCAAGGCCAAGAUCGCCUCCACUGGGGGAAUCCUGAGCAUCGUCUCUGGUCUGUGCUGCAUGAUCGCCGUUUCCUGGUACGCCUUUAGAGUCGUGCAGGACUUCAACGACCCGUUCACCGGUGGAGUGAAGUUCGAGCUGGGUACUGGCCUCUUUAUGGGUUGGGGUGGAGCCUCUCUGAGUAUGCUGGGUGGAGCUUUACUCUGCACCGCCUGCAAGAGAGCAUCAGCUGGAGGCAAGAAAGGCGGUUACUAUGGAAACCAGCCAAAGAAGGUCUACACGGCUACGGCCAAGUCCGAUCCAGAUUCAGCCAGAGCUUACGUCUGAGCCCAUGUGUCGUACUCUUUACUGUACAUCGAUACAUCUGUACACUUGCAAGAACAUUCAUUUUCUAAAGGCUUACACCAACUUCAACCUCCAACUAAUGUAACAAAGUUCUAACCCCACAAAUAAGUCAGGUUUUAGGGGACCAGGUGUUUGUCCCCAGACGGACAGACUAAUGAAUGUUCUUUUUCUGUACUUUUGGAAUAUUUACUUAUUUUUUUAAGAGUUUUUGAGGCAAAAUUUGAAAUCUAAAUGUUGGGAAAGAUUUGUAGAUGAGUGUUAAUGAUUGUGUAAUUCCGUUUGUUUAUUAUUAUCUGAAUAAAGUUUGUAUUACAGAAAUAAAUAAAUAAAUAUGGUUUUUGGUUCUUUUUUAAGAAACACAUAUUUCAUACAUAUUUUAUAUUGUAAUUAACACAAAUCUUAUGUUAAACAUAACUAAAUAAUAUUACUCAAUUAAUAUAAUGUGCAGGAAAUAUACAAAUGAUUACCACUUUAUUUAACCCUUUGGUAUAGUAUGUAUAAGCAGUAAAUAUACAGUUGUUGUAAGAACAUAAAGGAAAAU